CUGGAGAGAAAAAUAAUGCAAGGCAGAGGAGGGUGUUGCAUAGCGAGAUAUGAAGCCGCUGGCCAUGGGAUAUAUGAUAUGUCCAAAGUGAACUGCAUAAUGCUCCGGUUCCGUCCAAUUGCUCCUAAACCGGCGACCGGCGGGUCGGUUUCCCCACAGGAAAGCGGUGAGGUUUGUUCCAAGUCCGGGAGGGGAAAGAGAAGGCCCUGUAAAGAUAGUUGUACAAUGAGUAAUACCAAGAGGUGCAACAAGAAAAGAAGGGUUUGGAACGAGGAAAAAAGAGUUACUUUGCCGCUUCUCCCCGAAACACCCGACUGCAAAGAGUCUGUUCUGAAUCGGCAAAUGGGUGGAGUAAUCCAAAAGACGAUGCCUUUUUGGUUAAGCUUCGGUGUCGCUGACGAUAAAAAGGAGAGCUUCCCAGCGGAGCAGGCGGUGGUUGUGCCACCGCAGACGGUGAGGGUGGGGUCGUGCGUUAUAGUCGAAUGCCUGACGGAGACUUGGGUGAGUGGAGAUGUGCUAGGGAGAACAGACGAGGAAAAGAAAAUUAAUCUGGGGAGGGACACGUGUCCAGGGUUUAUAUCGGAUGAUAUUGGGAGGGUGACGUGGACAAACGGAGCGUAUAAAGAAAUGGUCGGAGGGGAAACGAUGGUGUGGCUGGCGAUGAAGGAGAGGCUGCCGUUGAUGAUAACGUACCCGGUGUUUACAUGCAAGGCAAGGGUGCAGUACACGUGCGGUAUAGAGCAAAGCUCCUUGACGCUGCCUUGUGACGUUUGGCGAAUGGACGGCGGCGGCUUUGCAUGGAGGCUGGAUAUCAACGCCGCUCUCUGCCUGGGCCGAUGAGAUGGGAAUCCAUCU